AUGAGACAUAAAAUACGCGAUAUUCAAAUAAAUGCUGUUCGCGCAAUUCAUGCUAUUGCUGAACGUAAUCCCAGUGCUCAGCAAGAUAUUUGGCAAAGAUCAGGUUUAGUACCGUUGAUUAACACCUUAAAAAGGACCCGACAACAAGAAUUUCAAGAAGCGACAGCAGAAGCGUUGUGGGCUUUAGCUGGAACGGAAGAUGAUGGCCAACGUAACAUGGCUAAACUUGUUGGAAUUAACGUCUUAGUUAGUUUACUCGGAACUUUAUCCGAUAAAUUGCACUUUAUCAGUUCUGAAGCAUUACGUGUUUUAGGUGAUGGAUCUGAUACUAAAAAAGAUGCAAUUGCAUCCGAGGGGGGUAUAUCACAAUUAGUUAGAAUAUUAAAUUCAGCGCGUCAACAAGUUCAUUUAAGUGCAAUCCGCACACUGCCAGCAUUAACAUUAUCAUAUACUGCUUUAAAUAAUAAGGACGUCAUCCAGUUAAUUUAUAAGGAAGAUUUUAAUUAUAUCCUUAUCCUAAGGCUUAUGUACUCCAAAGAUGAUCUAGUACGACUAUUAGCUGGUUCAGCAUUAGCAACAUUUGCCUUCAAUAACAAUGUGCAACAAAAACAGAUUGCGUUAGCUGGUGGCGUUCGCUAUCAUUCGCUUUUACCUUUCCUACAAAGUCAAGAUGAAUUUUAUUGUGCUAAUGCUGCAUUUCAAGUUGCUGUCCUUUCGCGAAUAAUACCUGAUGAGGAACCAGCAACUUCGUCAGCAAUUGGCAUUAAAGUUUUAGUCGAUUUAUUAGACUCUAAGAAUCAAAAAUCUCAAGCACUAGCAGCAAAUUGCAUCGCUCGCUUAGGUCAUACACGUGCUGGAAUUCCGUCUGCUAUAGUUUCUAUAGGGGCUGUACCGCGAUUAGCUAAGCUGCUAACAUCAUCGUCAGAGUUAUGUCGUGAAGCCGCAGCAAAAGCUUUAGGAUAUCUAACUGCUAAUCCUAUGGGUGAAAGACAACUAUUAAGUAUUUGUCGCCGUGAUCAGUAUUUGGUAAAAAUAUUAUUGCAUCAUACCGGCAAAGGUGGCGUCUCAAAAGCCUUUCUACAUGGCUGGAAGCAUUCAAAAAGGGUUGGAUUGCCACCAAUCAAGUGA